CCAGAGGAGCUGCUAGCUUGCCUCUGAAGCCCUCUCACACCUCCUAUAUAUCCACCCAUCUCAAGCUCACUACGGCUUCAUCCAAGCAACCGAGACUAGCUCACGAAUCCACCGAUCAGGAAGCGAGGCACAGACCGAACAGCUAGCGCACGGUGAUCGACGAUGGCGGCCAAGAAGAGCGGGAGCGAGAUGGGCGUGGUGCUGGGGCUGGACGUUGCCCGGUACAUGGGGCGGUGGUACGAGAUCGCGUCCUUCCCCAACUUCUUCCAGCCGCGCGACGGGCGCGACACGCGGGCGACCUACGAGCUCAUGGAGGACGGCGCCACGGUGCACGUGCUCAACGAGACGUGGAGCAAAGGCAAGCGCGACUACAUCGAGGGCACCGCCUACAAGGCCGACCCGGCCAGCGAGGAGGCCAAGCUCAAGGUCAAGUUCUACGUCCCGCCGUUCCUCCCCAUCAUCCCCGUCGUCGGCGACUACUGGGUCCUCUAUGUCGAUGACGACUACCAGUAUGCCCUCGUCGGCGAGCCCCGCCGGAAAAGCCUAUGGAUCCUGUGCAGGAAGACGCACAUCGAGGACGAGGUGUACAACCAGCUGCUGGAGAAGGCCAAGGAGGAAGGCUACGACGUGGCCAAGCUGCACAAGACGCCGCAGAGCGACCCGCCGCCGGAGAGCGAUGCCGCGCCCACCGACAGCAAAGGGACCUGGUGGUUCAAGUCGCUCUUUGGUAAAUGAUGGAUUCAUCCGUAUGUAUAUGCAGUUGACCGGCACUGUAACAGCCAUGAUGUGUGUUCAUCUGUAUCUUAGUGUAUUAGCUAAUCUUUAUGGUGUCCAAUAAAUAAAUCAGACUCAGUGAUAUAGUA